AUGGUGACUUUCCGGGGGGAAGGGCCGGCGCCGCGCGCCUGCGUGUGCCGGACCCGCCCGCCCCCCGCCGAGGCCGUGCCCGACGCGCGGCGGCGCCGGCUGCCAGCGCUCGCGGCGCCGCCGGUGCGGAGGAAGGCGCGCGCCCCGGCCCCCGCCGCGCCCGGCGCCCCGCGGCGGCAAAUGGUGGGGCCGGACGAUGCCGGAGCUCCGGGCGGCGCAGCCGUGCUUCCCGCGGGCCGGCAGGAGGCGGCGGCGGAGGAGGCGGCGGAGGAGGAGGAGGAGGACGGGGAGCGGGAUGGGAGCCGGGGCUCGAGCCGGCGGGGCGGAGGGCCGGGGCAGGAGCGGCUGCUGCAGCGAUACCUGGCGGCGCUCGGUCCCGCCGCGGCCGCGGGUGGGAAGCGCUGCCCGGAGAAGCCCGCGAACGGGGCCGCCUGCGCCGUGGGCCCCUGCGGGAGGAUGACCAACGGGGACGUCGGUUUCCUGCUGCCGCCGCAGGAGCCGCCGCCGCCCCCCCGGGCAGGACGGGAUGAGCCGGGGCCGGAGGAGGAGGAAGCGAAACUGCAGAACGGGGGCUUCCUCCCCUGCCCGCCCGGCCCGGCGGGCGGCGGCCCCGCGGGAACCGCCUUGGAGGAGCCGCUGCGGAGCUGCCGGCUGCGGGGCGAGGCGGAGCGGCGCGGGGAGGCGCCCGCGGCGCUACCCCCGGCGCCCCUCGGCUUCACGGACGUGAACCUGAACUCCCGCAACACGUACGAGGUGAGCCGCCGCCGCAGCGCCCCGGAGCACCUGUCCCACGGAGGAGGGACGGCGCCUGCAGCCCCGGCACCGCCGCCGCAGGAGCCGCCGGAGAGGGCCCGGCACCGGCUGGGCAUCGCCGGCGCCGGCAGCAGCUUUGCCGAGUUCUUCACCAGAAACUUUUUCACUAAAAGGACAAAGGAACUCAAACCUGCUGUCCAAAGCGCUCCUGGUUGGAAGUUGUUUGGAAAAGUCCCACCUAGGGAAAACCUUCCGAAAGAUUCCAAAAUUAUUCAGCAGGAUGACAGUUCUGGCAGUCUUGCGUCAAUAUCUGCUCUCAGUCUGUUAAACACAGGGGAAUAUGAAGCACGGACAGGAAGAAUGUAUAAACCUCCACCCCCAUCGGCAAGACGUAAAAAUAUUGAAUUUGAACCACUUUCAACUACUGCUUUGAUUCUGGAGGAUCGACCAGCAAAUCUUCCUGCCAAAUCAGUGGAGGAGGCUUUACGUCACCGACAAGAAUAUGAUGAGAUGGUAGCAGAGGCAAAAAAACGAGAAAUUAAAGAAGCACAUAAAAGGAAAAAAAUAAUGAGAGAGCGUUUCAAGCAAGAAGAGAAUAUCGCUAGUGCUAUGGUGAUUUGGGUCAAUGAAAUACUACCUAACUGGGAAGGCAUGCGUGCUACUCGAAGAGUUCGAGAGCUGUGGUGGCAGGGAUUACCCCCAAGUGUACGUGGGAAGGUUUGGAGUCUAGCUGUGGGAAACGAAUUAAAUAUCACUCCUGAACUUUAUGAAAUCUUCUUGUCGAGAGCUAAGGAACGAUGGAAAAGCUUCAGUGAGACAACUGCUGAGAAUGACACAGAAGAUGCAGGAGCAUCUGUUGCUGAUCGUGAGGCCAGUCUGGAGCUAAUUAAGUUGGAUAUAUCACGCACAUUUCCAUCCCUGUAUAUUUUCCAGAAGGGUGGUCCUUAUCAUGAUCUCCUGCACAGUGUUUUAGGAGCAUAUACAUGUUACAGACCAGAUGUGGGAUAUGUACAAGGGAUGUCCUUCAUUGCUGCUGUGCUCAUUCUCAAUCUGGAAGAGGCAGAUGCUUUCAUUGCCUUUGCUAACCUUCUAAACAAGCCAUGCCAGCUGGCCUUUUUCCGUGUGGAUCACAGCAUGAUGCUGAAAUACUUUGCAGCCUUUGAAGUAUUUUUUGAAGAAAAUCUUCCCAAAUUGUUUCUUCAUUUCAAAUCAUACAGUCUUACUCCAGACAUAUAUUUGAUAGACUGGAUUUUUACACUCUACAGCAAGUCAUUACCACUUGAUCUGGCCUGUCGUGUCUGGGACGUUUUCUGCAGAGAUGGAGAAGAAUUUUUGUUUAGGACAGGAUUAGGAAUCCUUCGGUUAUAUGAAGAUAUUCUCCUACAGAUGGAUUUUAUUCAUAUAGCACAGUUUCUAACAAAACUUCCAGAAGAUAUUACAUCAGAAAAGCUUUUUAGUUGUAUUGCAGCUAUUCAGAUGCAGAAUAGUAACAAGAAAUGGGCACAGGUGUUUGCCUCACUGAUGAAGGACAACAAAGAAGGAGACAAGAACCACAGCCCAGCACCGAAAAACUAAUCCUUGUAACUAAUCCUUGAAGUCAAUUGAAAAUGUGGAAAACCACUUGAAGACUAAAAGCUUUCACAUCACUUCUAUGUGGAAAAAACACUAUAGAAAAUGUGAAAAUGAGAUGGAAAAAUGACAUAGCUCUCAGCGGAGUAAUGAACUGAUGAAAUCUUCACCCUUUUGCCAGUAUUAGUUUUUGUCGUGGGAAGAUUUGUUUUCACACAGAAUACUAAAACCUAUAAAACUGAGAAUUGAGGAGUGUUCAUAUUUAAUACUUUAAAAGAAUCAGCUCAAUGCAAUAAACAUUUGUAAUAACUUCUGUUGGUACUUAAAAAAAAAUUUUGAGGCAUAACUUUUUUUACAAAUACCGCAAAGGCACUUUUUUGGGGGGAUGAGGGAAAUUCUAAAUCUUAAAGCCCCAAAACUGCUAUCCAAACCAAAUGUUUUGGUACAAACAUUACCUCCAAAAUUACCAAGUUGAAAGUAUUAAGGACCAAAUAAGGUGGUUUGGUAUGUUUAUGUGCAAGAUGGUUAAAAUUUGGGAAAGGGUAUUGUCUUAUUGUGGUUGUGUUUUGUUUUCUUUGGUUUUUUUUAAGUUGCAGCUUCAUUCUUCAGUCUGGGCAAAUGUACUUAACUCAGGAACUGUAGAAGUAUUGUGCCCAAACCUAUAGAAAAAAUAAUAUAAAUUUUAAACAGUGAUAAGAACAGGGCUGCUAUUUUCACUGUACAGCUUUCAAAGUGAGUGGUGUUAAGCAUUUGUUUUGGUGUAUUGGUUGUGGAGUAAAUGGAGUGGGUAUUCUGUGAAAGGGUUUUGCCACCAGAAGUUUUAUUUUGUUGAGCCAUUUCCAACUAACAAAUAAUUGUAUGUAAUGGUGAACACUAGAUAAUGACAAAGCUAUCUGCGGACUUGGUGUUAUCAAAGAAGCACCAACUUUUAACGCUUGGGAAUAAUGCAGACACAGAUUUGUUUCUGAAACUAUCUUUUAUUAGUGUGCAAUAUUGAAGUCCAAAAGGUUUAGUGAUACUGAAUUCUUUAAUUCUGUAACAUCUUUUAACUGGUCAUAUUGUAUGUGUCAUGGCAGUUACUUUCAAACAUUUCCUGUUCUCAAAGAUGCUGUACAACAACCUGUGGUUGUAGGGGACAGAAAUUUAAUAUGGAUAGCACUGCAGGUAAGGAACACUUGCACUCUCUUCAUCCAUUUUUGCUAAUAUUUAAUGUAAAUAAAUUCCUUACAUGUGGGUUUUUUAACUGGUCCCUCUGGAAAUCAAGUCAAAAUUAUCAUUAUGUAUUUUUAAGUGCAGGAGGCUUCCAGUUGUCUGGUGUUUAAAAGCAGAGUCUGCAUAAUCGGGGUAAAGAUUUAGUGUGGUGUAACUUACAUUGCUUUCUGGUUUAAAAACUACGUAUAUGCUACUCAUAACAUUACGAUUUGAAAUGUAAAUGUCAGAUUUUUCUUAACUUAUGUAUUCACUACUUUAAUUGGAUCCAAUUUGUCUUAUAUUUUUGUGUUAUCUUGUACAGUUUUCUUACUUUUCAACUACAAAUCUGUAUAUAACUGUAAAUAGAAGGAUCAAGCCUUCCUUUAAGACCACUAGUACCAACUCCUGUGUAAAUAAAACUUAUAGCAGA